UCUAUUCAUGACUCGUGCAUGUUUGUGUGUAUGUGUCUGUGAUUGUGUGUCGUGUCUUUGAAUUUAUUUUGAUUCAUUCAUUCCCAUAAAUAUUUUUUUUUCCAGAAAAAGAAAAUGCCAUAUUUUGAAAAUUGGAAUGAAUUUGCUUCAGCAGCCGAAGCAUUAUAUUUGGAGAAUCCAUUACGUUGUCGUCUAGUAAUGAAAUAUCGACAUAAAGAUGGAAUAUUAAUUGUCAAAUGUACUGAUGAUAAAGUAUGUCUAUUGUAUAAAACAGAAAAUUCACAAGACAUAAAACGUAUUGAAAAAUUAAAUUCCCAAAUGAUGCGACAUAUGACCAGUGAUGAAGAUUAAUUAAAAUUAAUAAUCGUAAUUAUAUCGCCAUAAUUCAUCGUUCAUUUAUAGCAUUGUAAAAUUGUAUUUAUUUUAUUUUCCUACACACAUUCUUUUUAUAUAUAAAUCAAAAUGAAUGUAUUCUUUUCUUUAUUUCAUGUUUUCUUUUUCUUUUUUGCCGCUUGAUUUGUAAAUUGAUGGACAAAUGAAAUGAUUUUUUUUAUCAAUAAAAAAAUACUACUAUAUUACAAAACGA